AGGAUGCAUAGGUCCGGAGUAUAAAGGAAACCAGGAGCAGCUGGAGGCAAGUCGAACGAAGGCUGGGUGACUGGAGCUCCAGCCAUGGUGCCCAGCUUCCUCUCCCUGAGACUCUCCUGCUUGGGCCUGUGGGCUUCUGGGCUGAUCUUGGUCUUAGGCUUUCUCAAGCUCAUCCGCCUGCUGCUGCGGAGGCAGAGGUUGGCUAAGGCUAUGGGCAACUUCCCAGGGCCUCCAACUCACUGGCUCUUUGGACAUGCCCUGGAGAUCCAGCAGACGGGGAGCCUGGACAAAGUGGUGUCCUGGGCCCACCAGUUCCCAUAUGCCCACCCACUCUGGUUCGGACAGUUCAUUGGCCUCCUGAACAUCUAUGAGCCCGACUAUGCCAAAGCUGUGUACAGCCGUGGGGACCCUAAGGCCCCUGAUGUGUAUGACUUCUUCCUCCAGUGGAUUGGGAGAGGCCUGCUAGUUCUUGAGGGGCCCAAGUGGUUCCAGCACCGCAAGCUGCUCACACCUGGCUUUCAUUAUGAUGUGCUGAAGCCCUAUGUGGCUCUGUUCGCUGAGUCCACACGUGUCAUGCUGGACAAGUGGGAAGAGAAGGCUCAGGAGGGUAAGUCCUUUGACAUCUUCUGUGAUGUGGGCCACAUGGCGCUGAACACGCUCAUGAAGUGCACCUUUGGAAGAGGAGACACCGGCCUGGGCCACAGGGACAGCAGCUACUACCUUGCAGUCAGCGAUCUCACUCUGUUGAUGCAGCAGCGCCUUGUGUCCUUCCACUACCAUAAUGACUUCAUCUACUGGCUCACCCCACAUGGCCGCCGCUUCCUGCGGGCCUGCCAGGUGGCCCAUGACCAUACAGACCAGGUCAUCAGGGAGCGGAAGGCAGCCCUUCAGGAUGAGAAGGUGUGGAAGAAGAUCCAGAACCGGAGGCACCUGGACUUCCUGGACAUUCUCCUGGGUGCCCGGGAUGAAGAUGACAGCAAGCUGUCAGAUGCAGACCUCCGGGCUGAGGUGGACACAUUUAUGUUUGAAGGCCAUGACACCACCACCAGUGGUAUCUCCUGGUUUCUCUACUGCAUGGCCCUGUACCCUGAGCACCAGCAUCGUUGUAGAGAGGAGGUCCGUGAGAUCCUGGGGGACCGGGACUCCUUCCAGUGGGAUGAUCUGGGCAAAAUGACUUAUCUGACCAUGUGCAUCAAGGAGAGCUUCCGCCUCUACCCACCUGUGCCCCAGGUGUACCGCCAGCUCAGCAAGCCUGUCACCUUUGUGGAUGGCCGGUCUCUACCUGCAGGAAGCCUGAUCUCUAUGCACAUCUAUGCCCUCCAUAGGAACAGUGCUGUAUGGCCCGACCCUGAGGUCUUUGACCCUCUGCGCUUUUCCACUGAGAAUGCGUCCAAACGCCAUCCCUUUGCCUUUAUGCCCUUCUCUGCUGGGCCCAGGAACUGCAUCGGGCAGCAGUUUGCCAUGAGUGAGAUGAAGGUGGUUACAGCCAUGUGCUUGCUCCACUUUGAGUUCUCUCUGGACCCCUCACGGCUGCCCAUCAAGAUGCUCCAGCUUGUCCUGCGCUCCAAGAAUGGCAUCCACCUCCACCUGAAGCCACUGGGCCCUGGGUCUGGGAAGUAGCUCUGAUGAGAAUGGGGCCCCGGAUGGCUCAGGCUGUGACCUCUCCCUGGGCACCACCCUCCCAGGGCUGGAUGUAGAGGAGUUGGGGCACCCUGCCUUCAGAAGGCUUGUAGUUUAGAAGGGGACUAGGCAUUACCAUAGACAACUCCUAGAGGACAGUGCUUUGUACAGAUGUGUGUCUAUAAAUGUUUAUCAUUCAUUUAUUCAACAAACAUUUGGUGAGCACCUAUUUGGUUCAAGAAACUUCAUUUAUCUCCUGUAAUUGUCAAACUUAAAAAUGCAGCAGAAACUUACAUUCCAACCUUAGAGAGACUCAUAGUGAACACAAGGAAAGUUUUGUCCUGAGAUUCGUGGUUAUGACUGGAUACCACUGAAUAGAAGAAUGGCUUAGGGGAUUGCCCCUUCACUGAGAUGUGUUUCUUUGUUUAACUUUGUAUGUGUGUGUUUCGAAUAUAACAGACAUAAGAAAAAAUUGCCUAAACGAAGACUGUACAAAAUAAUAAAUAAUUCUGAAGCA